AUGGUAAGUAUCGGUGUGGGGAACCGUCGCUCCGAGGCCCGCGCCCCGGUUUUCCGGGCUGCGCGUACUCGCCGGGCUUUGCCGCGGUGUCCGUUUCGUGCUUUCGAGAAGCCGGCCCGGGCUGUGAUGCUCGCUCCCGGACUCGUGGUGGCGAGAUCUGGGCCCGCGAGCGAUGCCAGGAGGCCCCUCGAGUUGUUUCCUCUCACUCGACCCAGUCUCUGUAAAAAAUGGGAGGCAGCUGUGAGAAGAAAAAACUUUAAACCCACCAAGUAUAGCAGUAUUUGUUCAGAGCACUUUACUCCAGACUGCUUUAAGAGGGAGUGCAACAACAAGUUACUGAAAGAGAACGCUAUACCUACAAUAUUUCUUUGUACUGAACCACAUGACAAGAAGGAAGAUCUUCUGGAGCCACAAGAACAGCUCCCCCCACCUCCCCUAACACCUCCGGUUUCCCAGGUUGAUGCUGCUAUUGGAUUACUAAUGCCUCCUCUUCAGACCCCUGAUAAUCUCUCCGUUUUCUGUGACCACAACUAUACUGUGGAGGAUACCAUGCACCAAAGGAAAAGGAUUCAUCAGCUAGAACAACAAGUGGAAAAACUCAGAAAGAAACUCAAGACUGCACAGCAACGAUGCAGAAGACAAGAACGACAGUUUGAAAAAUUAAAGGAGGUUGUACAUUUCCAGAAAGAGAAAGAUGACAUGUCAGAGAGAGGUUAUGUGAUUCUACCAAACGACUGCUUUGAAAUAGUGGAAGUACCAGCAUAAAAAAUUAAAUGUAUAUUGAUUUCUAAUGGGGCAAUUCCACAUAGCCUCUUCUAGCCUAAAAAGGAGUUUCACUCGAAAAAGUUAACACUUGAUUACUUGUAUAAAAACCAUUCAGAA